AAGAAAAUCAUCAACAACCCGUCCGAAUCCGUAGACGAAUUCAUUCAAGGUCUUCUUCUACAGUAUCCGAACAAGCUCGUAAAACUCCAGAACCACCACGUUUUACUCGCUUCAUCGACCCCUCAAAAUUCCGUGCAGCUAAUUUCUGGAGGCGGCAGUGGCCACGAACCCAGUCACGCCGGUUGGUUGGGCACUGGUAUGUUAAGUGCGGCAGUGUGCGGUGGUAUCUUUGCGUCACCUUCUGUUUCUAGUAUUCUGGCGGCGAUCCGUGCCGUGUCGAAAAAGACGUGUGCAAGUGGAGUGUUGCUGGUAAUCAAAAACUAUACCGGCGAUCGACUCAAUUUCGGUAUGGCAGCGGAAAAGGCCAAUCAGGAAGGAAUUCCGACGCAAAUGGUGGUCGUGGCCGACGACUGCGCUUUGCCUCGUGCCAAGGGCAUUACCGGAUCAAGGGGUGUUGCAGGAACUGUACUGGUGCACAAGAUUGCGGGUGCAGCAUCGGCUAGUGGUCGUGAUCUGGAGCAAGUGCUUGCAUUGGCGCGUUUGACGUGCUCGCGGAUGGGGACCCUGGGCGUCGCCAUGGGAUCCGUGACCGUACCCGGUGCCGAUACGAUCAACGACAGGCUUGACGAAAAGACGAUUGAAAUUGGACUCGGGAUACACGGUGAAGCUGGGAUGAAGCAGUCCCCGCUUUUGACGGCGGAUGAGAUGGCGCGGGAAAUGAUCGACAAAAUUCAAAGUCACGGGCGUGUGGAGGAGCGCGAUGGAACUAAAACCGUCAUUCCGUUAUUCGAAAAGGGUGACGAAGUCGUGGUGCUCGUAAACAAUUUAGGAGGCACGUCCAAUUUUGAAAUGUCUAUUUUAGCGCGAUCUACGGUCAAAUUGCUGGAAAGCGAGGACUUUGGAGCCAAGGCAACCCGGGUUUUAGUCGGAAGCUUCAUGACGUCGUUCGAUAUGCACGGAGCCUCGAUUACAAUUCUCAACGUUGAAAACCAGCCCGAGCUUUUGGAAUUGUUGGAUGCCCAGACGGAAGCUGUGGCUUGGACGACUACUGAUGUUUGGAAGACAGGAACUACACGUCCAUCGGCGAACGAAGUCCCGGAAGUUCUUGUGGAAAACGAUGCCAGCUUGCUGCAGAAGCCCCCACUUUCAGUGGAAGGAUUUCCGACAAUCGCAGGAGCAUUGCUCAAGAAGGCUGCUGCCAAGAUUGUAGAAUCGGAGCCCCUCCUGACAAAAUACGAUACUAUCGUUGGUGACGGAGACUGUGGUAUCACCAUGAAACGCGGAGCUACCGAAAUUCAGGAGCGUCUGGAAAAACAAAUCAUUCCCCUCGACCACCCAGUUACCAUGUUUGACGCCCUCGCUGAUGCGAUAUCAGCGUCGAUGGGAGGAACUUCUGGUGUUUUACUGGAGUUGAUGUUUCGAAAAAUAAGUUCGACGCUUUGCCGAGCGGAAUCUAUUGGCACGAUUGAACUCUGUGAGUCUUUUCGAGCUGGUGUGGAAGCAGUCAGUUUGGUCGGAGGCGCCCAAGUUGGCUCUCGUACGAUGCUAGAUGCCUUGGUGCCAGCGGCAUCUACUUUAGUGGAGACGCAGAGUUUGACCGAGGCGGCGACCAAGGCCCGGGAAGGAGCCGUUUCCACAUCAGCCAUGAAGUCGGCCAGCGCCGGACGGUCCAAUUAUCUCAAUGAAAAUUCCUUGAGUGGUACCCCAGAUCCCGGGGCGGAAGCGGUGGCA